CACAGAGCCCAUAAACAGACAGAUGCGGCUCUUACGCAGACGACGCAGCGGUGCGUGCUCGUGGGCGGAGUAUCUCGCGUUCCGUUAGGCUGGGUGCGGGCGUUAGAGCCGUUCGUCGCCGGAGAUGGCUGACAAGAAGAAAGUCACUGCGUCCCUUAUCUAUGCUGUUUCUGUUGCUGCCAUUGGAUCUCUCCAGUUUGGGUACAACACUGGUGUCAUCAAUGCUCCUGAGAAGAUCAUCCGGGCCUUCUUCAACAGAACUUUAUCUCAACGGAGUGGGGAGACUGUCUCCCCAGAGCUUCUUACCUCACUAUGGUCCCUUUCUGUGGCCAUCUUCUCCGUAGGAGGUAUGAUUGGCUCCUUCUCGGUCAGCCUUUUCGUCAAUCGAUUUGGCAGGAGAAACUCCAUGCUGCUGGUGAACAUCCUGGCUUUUAUUGGGGGUGCCCUCAUGGCCUUAUCCAAGAUUGCAAAGGCAGUGGAAAUGCUGAUAAUUGGGCGCUUCAUUAUUGGCCUUUUCUGUGGUCUCUGUACUGGCUUUGUACCCAUGUACAUCAGUGAGGUCUCACCCACCAGCGUUCGUGGAGCCUUUGGAACCCUCAACCAGCUGGGCAUUGUUGUAGGCAUCCUGGUGGCCCAGAUUUUUGGCCUUGAGGGGAUAAUGGGGACUGAAACGCUUUGGCCACUGCUUCUGGGAUUCACAAUUCUCCCAGCAGUUCUGCAGUGUGUGGCUCUUCUUUUCUGCCCUGAGAGCCCCCGUUUCCUGUUGAUCAACAAGAUGGAGGAAGAGAAAGCGGAAACGGUUCUCCAGAAGCUCCGUGGUACACAAGAUGUAUCUCAAGACAUCAUGGAGAUGAAAGAAGAGAGUGCUAAAAUGUCUCAGGAAAAGAAAGCAACUGUACCAGAGCUCUUCCGCUCUCCUAACUAUCGUCAAGCCAUUAUCAUUUCCAUCAUGCUGCAGUUCUCUCAACAGCUCUCAGGCAUCAAUGCUGUAUUCUAUUAUUCUACAGGGAUUUUUGAAAGAGCUGGUAUCACGCAGCCUGUGUAUGCCACCAUUGGAGCUGGUGUGGUAAACACAGUCUUCACUGUUGUGUCGCUGUUCCUGGUAGAGCGUGCAGGGCGCAGGACUCUCCACUUAGUUGGUUUGGGUGGCAUGGCUGUGUGUGCUGCUGUUAUGACAAUUGCUUUGGCUCUGAAGGAUACUGUGCAGUGGAUCAGAUAUAUCAGCAUUGUUGCCACUUUUGGCUUUGUGGCCCUUUUUGAGAUUGGCCCUGGACCUAUCCCUUGGUUCAUUGUGGCAGAACUUUUCAGUCAAGGCCCACGGCCUGCAGCCAUGGCAGUGGCUGGUUGUUCUAACUGGACCUCUAAUUUCUUAGUGGGAAUGCUCUUCCCCUAUGCAGAGAAAGUAUGUGGCCCCUAUGUCUUCCUUAUCUUCCUUGUUUUCCUGGUCAUCUUCUUCAUCUUCACAUACUUCAAAGUGCCGGAGACCAAGGGCAGAACUUUUGAAGACAUCUCCAGGGGCUUUGAAGAACAAGCAGAAGCAAGCUCCCCAUCUUCACCACCACCUGUAGAGAAGGACCCUAUGGUGGAGAUGAACAACAUAGAACCUGACAAAGAAGAUGCCUAAGAUUCAUGACACACCCUUUCUCUGACUCUUGCAUAUACAUAGAGUCAUUAAAGGAAUGAGCAAAGAAAUGAUGAGAACUGGGACAAUUUCUUUCUCCAACUGCUGCUAUUUUCUUCUCUGCAUCCACAUAUUCUCCCCCCUGUUCUGCCAGGCUUACCACCAUUUAGCAAAUCUGAUCUGGGUGAUCUCAUUUUUAAAUACUGGGAGGUAUUUUGCACUCUAGCAAAAAUAAUCUCUUAUUCUUUGCCACAAACAUCAGGUGAACAUGCAACAGCUGGUAAUAUUGUUACUUUUCUCACCUGUAAUCGCUAUUUGGAAUUAACAUACUUAUGUAUGCAGUGACCGUAAUGUAAUUUAAAUACUAUUUUUGUAGUGAGUUAAAGUUGUCCACUAAACAAGUCCCCUGCCCUUUGAGUCUACUCUGUGUGGAUGUAUGUGUGCGCGUGUACGUGCAGUGUUACACUGGAAUUUAACAAGCCUACCAAAAAGCCAUCUCCUUGCAUUUUUCCUUUCCAGUGUGCACUUUUUCAGCCUCAGGAAAAAGGGGACCAAGUUGCAUGCCUAUUUUUUUUUCUUGCUUUUAUUUUUUUUGUAUAGACAAACAGAACAUACUUUUACUUAAGUUUAUUUAUUUGUAUGUCACUUUGUAAAUAUUUAUUUUUUUAAUGGUGUACAAAAAUGUACAGAUAACGAGGUUGAAGAUGUUUAAGACAAAUAGCUAUUCUAACAGAAGAUGCUGUAGACUUGAGGUGCAAUAAAACUGUAGAGAAGGAAUACUGUACCGAACUGUAAGCUGGGCAUUUUUGAUGGUAAGAUGGAGCCAAUUGUGCACAUCACCUUUUAAAGUUAAUUCUGCCCCCUGAAAAGUAAUUCAAAUAACUGAAUACUGAUGAGAAGCAGUAUAGUUGUCCACCAAAAUUCCUAUGUAAUUUGGUUAUUUUGGGUGGUGUUUUUAAAUAUUGUUCUGAAGUAUUACUUGAAAAGUGAUUGCACCAGAAGGGUGUUGUUACUUUAUAUUUUCAGUCACAGUUGAGCAUUGUUCAAGAUGAUUGAGGGUAGUGACUGCAACCAAGAAGGUUAAUUUUUUUUUUCCUUCUCCUGACUUUUUGGCCUCUCUGAUGUAUUCUAGUAGGCCAGAAAGGUUGAAGCUUGCAGAUAGUUACUUAAGGUGCGUGAGGCUAAAAGUUAUUUUUCCAAAGCUGUUUCACAAUUAUUUGUAAAUACUGGAGGCAAAAUUGACCAUUUGUGUCUAGAAGGAUCAUCCUAUGGCACAUGUACAUACCUAGAGAUCUAGAAUUAGAGACUAGAGCUACUGGAAUAUGCUAGUUUAACAGUUUGGAAAAUUCAGGCUAUUAGUUGGUUGUAGGCCAAAUGUUUUUGUCCUAUGUGUCCUCUCUGGAAGAGGCAGUGCCCAGCAUUGUUCAGUGUUCUGGGCAGGUCUGUAGUACUACCUCUGUUAGACCUAACAUGGCAGACACUGGGAUGUACAUAAUUAAUGCUCUCCUUUUUUUCUAAUUGCUAGGUAAUCAAAAGUAUGUAUAUACCCACAGUUACUGACGUUAGUGUAAGUUAUCAGUUCAGUUUAGGAAGGGGAAGAAGUACAUGUGAUAUUUUUGGGACUGCUGCUUCCUCUGACUACAGUGUUCUGAGUUUUGGCCUAUAUAAGCUAGGCAAAGUAGUGGAGGAAUAGGUAGACUUAUUAUCUUAAGCCUGCAUUUUUUUGUCUUAAACUCAGGUCUACCUGCAAACUCACACCAGAGUUCAUUACUAGACAUCCUAUAAAAGAAGCAGGUUUGAAGAUAAGGUGGUUAAAAGGAAGAAGAGCUCAAAAAGGGGAGAAAUGACAGCAAAAUUGGUAAUAGCAUGCAUAGCCCAAGUUUUCUUCAACCUGCUAUGAAACUGUGCUGUCAGGCAUGUCCCUUCAGUAUAUAUUCUAGAGUUGUCUUUAGCAUCUUCUGUAACUAGUGAUGAGAUUUUUCAGCCUUCCCUAAUGAGUAAGAGUUGGAGAGAUCAGUAAAAUUUGCCGCUGUGAAAAACAUGCUGUGAUGUCACUUGAACGACUCCCUUCUUUGCACGACGUAGUCCUAUUGCAUCCAAAUUUCCCUUGCUUUCCAUCAGGCUUCUCUAUCAGAUAUUUAUUCCCAGAGGUAUUAUAAGACUACUCUCACUCCUGACUUCCAUAUUUUUGCCCAGUUAUACAGAUUGUGCCCUUCCUUUGCAGAGAUUUCUGUGUGGACAUCUGCUAUUCUAGGAAAUUUCCCCCUACAGCUAUGUAUUCCGUACUUUGCAUCACAGAAGUGCGCUGGCCUGGAUCAGAAUGUAUAGGUCUUUCUCAUAUGGUAUCUUUUGUUAUUCUGUAAUAGCAUUGUGGAUAUUUUUGAUGGGUUUUAUAAGCUUAUUGUGAUUUGUUUCAUGUUUUUAAAAUAAAGAUUACAGGUCUAAUUAA